AUGUCGACGACCGCGAUUGCAGAGAGAAUAGGUCUCAACGCGGCCACUAGCCUUCACGCACGGAUUCAAGGAAUACUUGCGCUAUUCUCCUUACCUGGUUUAUUAUCUUCCGUGCGGUCCGCAAAGGUUCUUGACUGGUUACCCCGAGGCGCUCGUAUAUCUCGUUCCCUUCAAUUCACCUUCAAGGCUUUUAUCUUUCUUGUCUUGAUAUUGAAUGUACGAGCUCUACCAGGAGGAUGGCACUGGCGGUUGUUCUGGCCUGUGACCAAGGUUCGACUGCAGUACAUGAUUGCUCGGACGCAGAGCUCUUGGGCUUUGAUAGGGGCGAGCGGGAAAAAAAAGAAGGAAGGUAUGGAAAUGAGGAUGGAGAAGUGGUUAGAAUCUAUAACUCCUGUCGGUGCUCACCCUUUCGAGUUUGAAACCCGGUAUAGAUCGUGGGUCACCUUGGAUGAGAGCGACUUCAACAUGCACAUGAGCAAUUCAUCUUAUCCUAAGGUUCUUGACUGCGCUCGAAUGAAGGCUGCCAUGGAGCUAUUUCCUCAGUUCCUUCGCGUUGGAGGUAUCAUUCCACUCGCUGCCACACACUUCCAUUUUAUCAAGGAACUCCCAGUCUUUGCAAAGUACGAACUUCGACUUACUAUUGGAGCAUGGGAUGAAAAAUGGUUCUACGUUGUUGGUCGUUUUGUGACGAAGAAUAAGUCUCGUAGAGGGAAGACUUUGGGUAAGGGCUCUCCACGCGCAACGGCAGAAGGUGGAACUCCGGCUAUGACAACGUUAUUCCAUGCUCCAAUCGUUGAAAACUCGGAGACUAUAUCUAACACUCCUCUUCCCGCUUCGCAACCUGGAAUGAACGGGAUUUCCUCCAUAACUGCGGCUAACCAAGCACGGAAGUUUGAUGCAGCUGUGGCAUCUCGCCUCGCAUCCGAUCUUAAUGGUAUCGAGGAAGGCUAUACUUUGCACACUGUCUGUGUCUCCCGCUGCUGUUUCAAGCUAGGACGAAUUACCGUCCCACCAGCGGUGCUGAUGGCUACAAAUGGUGUGUCAGUACACCCCUGGGAACUUUCGAACUCGGAGGCUGCGAAUCCGUCUGUACAGCGAUAUUCGCCUAGCAAUCCGCCUCCAACUUGGACGUCUGAAUCACAAGCACUGUUCUCCAAGUCAAAAGGCGGCAGCCCGAGAAAGCUUCGAGAAUUUUACAAGGGCCAAUGGCGUGAAAUUCAGGCUGCUGGAGAUGUCAAUACAGAUCCGUGGUGGGAACGAGCUGUUGGUGUUGGAGGGAUCAUUGAGGAAAGAAGAAAAGAAAGAUUAGAUGUUUGUCGAAAAUUAGUUGGUGGGUUGGAUGGUGUUAGAGAGAUCUGUUAG